UUAGCUUGCUAGCUUUAGUCAGACAACAAACUACACAAGUACAAAUCAUUCAGUUGUUUAUUUGAAUGGUUUUAGAGAUGGACUCUGAUACUUUGCAUUACUCGUUGGAUUUAGUUGCUGGUAAUGGUUUGAUUUUGAGCUGUGAGCAGAGAGCUGCUCUUCAAACCUCUCUUGUCAUACUGAAGAGAAACUACAAGUUCAGCCGGGUUUUGUUUUGGGGGAAGAUUCUGGGGGUAAAAUGUGACUAUUUUAUUGCUCACGGGGUUGGAGAGGAUGAAAUGAAAAACAAAAAGUCUUUGUACAGUUUAAACUGCAUGGACUGGCACCUGCUGCCUCCAGCCACUGAGUCCAUGAUCGCAGAUGUGGCUUUAGCAGCACAGGGGCGAUUCACAGGCGACCUGUCCCAUGAAUACGAGCACACAGAGACACGCACUCAAGGAGAGGGGGACGAAGCCAUUGAGGAGGAGGUCACGGUAAAAGUGAAUGAGGAGAGCCGAUUGGCUACGACUGUGUUUAAUAUUGAUAAAGACGUAUCCGUGGUGCCACGUGGUGCAUUUGUCAAGAGUCCCAGAGGCAAAGUGCUGACAAACCAAAGCUUUGGAGGUCUACAUCCCUCUGAGGCUGCAAAACUGCACAACUACCUGCACUUUCGUGAACCAGUUAACCUGAAGAAGAAAUCUAUUUUGGAAAUGGCUGACCUCAACCCUGCUCUCGACUUUCUAGAUCCUUUGAGUGAGGACAUUCCCAAAGGGUCAUGGAGCCUGCAGUUUGAGCGGGUUGGCACUGUGUGUGUAUUACGCAGCAUGCUCUGGCUGGGUCUCACCUUCUUCCAUGUUCCCCAGACCCCGCAGCAUGGGUACAUCUACAUGGGGGAUGGACUUAUGAAUCUUGACCUCCCCUUCAUGUUAUAGCUGGCAAAAAGCAAAGCACCCUCCCCUUCAUGCUAUAGCACAGUUCUGGUGUUACAACCUUUUGAAGGCCUUCCCCUAAACGUUAACUUUGUGACCUUACAUUCUCAAGAUUUUCUUUCCUGUUAUUUUGUGUAAUAAAAACAAAUCCCAAAAUGUUUAUGUUCCAUUGAUAUUUCAUCCCCAAGGCAGUCACGAGAGAGAGCACCUUGC